GGGCGUUGAUUGGUGGGUUCGGACGGCCGAGCCCUGUUUGAAAUCCGUUAACGGCGGCAGCAGAGCGGCCGCGCGGGGUGGCGGCGGCGCUGCCGAGUGGUGCAGGCAGAGGAUUCCUGGGGACAGUGUGGCUGUGAAGAUGUCUAAGCCAGAAUCCCGUUAUUCUUUUGAUGUCCCAAACAUCUGCAUCAACUUUGCAACUCUGAGUGAGGAUGAUGUAUACAAUGCAGACUCCUGGUUUGACCGAGAAGCCAAUCUGGAGAAUGUCCCUCCUGCAGAAAAUCUGGCAAAGGCCUCACACAGCAGCCCUGCUUUUUCAAAGCCUGAUGUUAUUCUGUCUUCUGUCCCAUCACAAGAAGUAGCAAUGAGUGAAAGCAAUGGUGAAGCAGAAUGUGCCCAGGCCAAAGCAGUCUCUCAGAAUAUUGUUGGGUCCCUGGCAACCUGGACAGCUGCUGCCCCUGCAGAGGCCCCUCAGAGAGCGGGCAGGAGACUGGCUACAAAGCAGGGGAAAACUCAGCAGCGCAAGCAGCCGGGCAGAAUCAAAGCAGAGAGAAUUGCUAAUGCCUCGGAUAAUAAGGAAGAGGUUCCACCCUUGAAGAAAAUGAGAAUUUCUGGCAGCAGAGAGAAGGUGACAGAAGCAUCCACAAAGACAGAGCCCCUGCAGGAUUCUGACCUCUCCCCAGGGAGAGGGAAAAGCAAACUGACCAUGCCCUCCACGCCAACAAUGUUGAAGAGGACCAAACGUUCUAGCAAGCAGAAGAGUACAGAGGAGCAGGAGCUGGAAAAGAUGCAGCAGUUGCAGCAGGAGGUUAUGGAGCUGCGGAAGAAGAAUGAGGAGUAUCUGAAAGCAGCUAUUGCUGGAGCAGGACAACCCAUGAAGAGACCUGCUGGUCAAGUAACGAAGCCAAUUGAUUUCCACUUCUGCACGGAGAAUAGAAUUAAACAGAAUGUGGAAAGCCAGCCUGGGAAUGAGUACAAGGAGCUGGAUUUUGCAGCAGUACUGAGGAAGCAUCCCCCUUCUCCGGUGCGAAUGCCGAAGGGGCCCACUGUCCCCAAACCUUUCAAUCUGUCCCAGGGAAACAAAAGAAAACUUGAAGAAGCCACAACAGAGUAUGUGUCCUUUGCUGAGCAGGUAGAAGCAUUCCAAAAACGCACACCCCCUCGUUACCAUUUGAGGAGCAGGAAAUCUGAGGAAGGCUCAGUUUCAGGAAAGCCGGUGAAGGCUCGGAUCACACACCCCAAAACACCAGUGCUCCGAACAAAGCACCGCUUGAGACCUGUCACCUGCAAAACUGCUGCAGAGUUAGAAGAGGAGGAGAUAGAGAAAAUUCAGCAGUACAAAUUCAAAGCACGAGAAGUCAAUCACAAAAUCUUUGAGAGUGGGCCGCUCCUGCCCAAGAAACCUGCUGUGAAGGAGCUCACCCAACCCAUCGGCUUUCAGCUGGAAAUAGAAAAAAGGAUUCAGGAGCGUGAGAGUAAGAAGCAGCAGGAGGAAGAGCGCUUCGAAUUCCAUUCCAGGCCAUGUCCCACAAAAAUCCUGGAGGAUGUUGUGGGUGUUCCAGAAAAGAAAGCACUUCCUGUUACAGUCCCCAAGUCUCCAGCCUUCACCUUGAAAAGCAGAACCCGUGUGUCUGGCAGAGAGGAAGAAAAGGAAAAAGAGGAGGUGGCUGUGAUCAAAGCUAAUCCUAUGCCACAUUAUGGAGUGCCCUUCAAACCCAAAAUGCCAGAGCAGAGGCACGUGGAAGUUUGCCCCUUCUCUUUCGACGCCCGGGACAGAGAGCGACAAAUACAAAAAGAGAAAAAAAUAGAAGAACUACAAAAGGAAGAGGUGCCAAAGUUCAAAGCACUGCCUCUGCCUUACUUUGACCAAGUUAAACUGCCAGAAAAGAAGGUCAAAACCCCAACUCAGCCUGAGCCAUUCCAUCUGCAGGUGGAUGAACGGGGAGCUGCCAAGCUCCAGAGCUGGAAACAGCAGCUUAAAGAAGACUUGAAAAGGCAGAAAGAGGCAGCCUGUUUUAAAGCUCGUCCCAACACAGUGAUGUACCAGGAGCCUUUUGUGCCCAAAAAGGAGCAUAAGAUGUUAUCAGAGAGCCUUUCUGGUUCUGUAGUUCCUGAAAGCUUUGAGCUGGCAACAGAAAGAAGAGCAAAAGAAAGGCAAGAAUUUGAAAAGCGAUUGGCAGACGCAGAAGCCUUAAGGGAGAGGUAUGAGGAGCAGAUCAGGCAGCAACAAGAGGAGCGUGAAAAGGAAGAAAUUGCUAAGCUAAGACAAGAAAUGGUUCACAAGGCAAACCCAAUACGCAAAUACCGCAGCCUGGAAGUGAAGCCCAGUGAUCAGCCACUGACUAUGCCAAAGUCUCCCAACUUCUCAGACAGAUUCCGGUGCUGAUGAUGUGAUAACAGGAGGGAGCAUCCCUCUCCAUUCCCUAGGUAGGAGAGAGGGAGCAGUUGUUUUUCCAUGGCUGCUCAGUCUGAACUCUUAUGUUUGGUUCUGUUGUUGUACUGAGUAGUUAAACUCCACCUGAGCCCAUGACAUCCCAGCAGUGCCUCCUGGCCUUGCUGCAUAUACAGACUGUGUUCUCUAGAGACUAAACUAAGUUUUGAUAUUGCAUAUGGAUAUUGUGUACCUAACUAAAUAAAAACUCCUAAUCUGCUCGCUGUCUCUGGCUAGUGGGCUGAAGCCCUUUCCUGCAGAAAAGUUUUCAUUAAAGGCUGACCGCACAGAUGUGUGCAUCUGGCAGAGCUGCCUUGUGUUUGUACACUAAGGACUAUUUUCAAGUGUCUGUUUUUUAGCCUUUUAGUCUGCAUUAAGCUUGAAUUGUGUUAAGUGAUGUGAGGUUCCUUCAAGCCAGCGUAGCGCGGGUCUGGCCUUUCUUGUUAAUGUUUAGAUGACCACAAAUAUAAAUCUUGCCCACGCUUUAAAGUAGUUCUCUGUGUCUAUUAGAGCAUUAAACCAUCUUGCUGUUUUAUAGCUGAAGUUAUUCUAUUUGGGGAACCAUUUAUCUGGCAAGUGACCUGCUGUAAGCUGCUGCCCCAGCUCCUGCCAGUGCAGGUCUUUUGGCUACAGAGCCAUCAGCAUCUCUGGCCAGUUUGGGCAGUGAGCAGAGCUAAAUAUAGCCCAAGUGCUCAAAUGUGUUAGAGGACAAAACUGCUGGCAUUGUGAAGAGUGGACACAUCUAGAUUAAAGUUUUAAUAAUUAUUUCUUA